GAGCAACGCAACGGCAACGCAAAUCUGAAAUCCCGACGGGCAAACUGAGCUGCGAUCCCUCCCUCCCGCGAUUGCAAUUGCAUUUCUUGCUCCUCCUCCUGGCGGGCAGGGUCAGAGUUGGGCCAAGAUGGCGGCUCCCAUGAGUGACACGUUCUCCUUUUGUAUGGACCCCGCCGGCCAAGCCCGCCGAGCCCUGGAGGUGCGAUUCAUCAGCAACGUCAAGGGCAAAGGACUCUUCGCCACCAGAAACAUCAAGAAGGGGGAAACGAUUUUCAUUGAGAAGCCGGUGGUGUCCGCGCAGUUCCUCUGGAAUGCCCUGUAUAAAUAUAGAGCCUGCGACCAUUGCUUGCGAGCGCUGGAGACGGCGGAAGAAAAUGCGCAGAGGCUCCUGGGGAAAUUCCAAGCCCUUCCUCACCCGGAGCAGUGUAGCAUUCGGAAGGAGCUCCACCAACAUUGCCCCGGUUGCCAAGUGGCUUAUUGCAGCGCAGAGUGCCGCCAGCUUGCCUGGGAACAGUAUCACCAGGUUUUGUGCCUGGGGCCUUCCAGCCAGGACCCCCACCACCCGCUCAGCAAACUGCAGGAGGCCUGGAGGAACAUCCAUUACCCCCCCGAGACUUCGAGCAUCAUGCUCAUGGCCAGAAUGGUUGCAACUGUCAAGCAGGCGAAGGACAAAGAUUGGUGGAUCAAACUCUUUGCUCAGUUCUGCAGCAAAACAGCCAACGAGGAAGAGGAGAUCGUCCACAAACUCCUGGGGGAUAAAUUUAAGGGCCAGCUGGAAGUCCUGCGUGUGCUUUUCACCGAAGCCCUUUACGACGACCAUCUCAGCAGGUGGUUUUCCCCCGAAGGCUUCCGGUCGCUGUUCGCCCUCGUCGGCACCAACGGACAAGGGAUAGGAACCAGCUCUUUGAGUCAGUGGGUCCACGCCUGCGAUGCCUUGGAGUUACCCCCUCGGGAGCGAGAGCAGUUGGACGCCUUCAUAAACCAGCUAUACAAGGACAUGGAGAGAGAGACAGGGGAGUUUCUGAAUUGCGAAGGGUCUGGCCUCUACAUGCUGCAGAGUUGCUGUAACCACAGCUGCAUCCCCAAUGCCGAGACCUCGUUCCCGGAUAACAAUUUCCUCCUGCACCUGACGGCCUUGGAGGAUAUCGGGCCGGGAGAGGAGAUCUGCAUCAGCUACUUAGACUGCUGCCAACGGGAGCGAAGCCGCCACAGCCGGAACAAGACCCUCCGGGAAAACUACCUGUUCGUUUGCUCCUGCCCCAAGUGCCUGUCUCAAGCCAACGACCCGGACGUGACGUCGGAAGAGGAAGACGAGGAGGAGGAGGAAGCCGAAGGGGAGCCGGACGACGCAGAACUGGAGGACGAGAUGACGGAUGUUUGACCCCGGGGGGCUUCUCUCUGGAGGCGGCGACGGCAUUGGCUUGGGAAGCAGAUUCCUGGACUCGUGAGCGGCCUGUGCCGGCAGCCGAGCGAAGGGCGGAGAUUUCAC